CUGUUUUUUGUUUGGUCAUAAGGGUUAAAUAGUACUUUCACUACUCCUUUAGGUUGGUUUUGCAUUUGACUGAAAGUGGGGUAUACUUUUACAUUUGACUUGAAUAUUUGGGUUGGUUUUAGCAAAUGUCCCUCUUAAAUAUUAUAUAUACUUUUACAAAACGUAAAAUAUUAUAUAGCUAGCUUAAAUAAGGGUGGUCAACUUGUUACUAAAAUUAGAAAGGGUCUUGUGAAAGUUUGUCAUCAUUGUUGUAAUAUUGUUUAAUUUUUAUAUAUAACAUGUGUCAUGUAACAAACCAGUGUAUGCUUUUAUGGUUAAUCUAAAGUUUAUUAUGUUUAUACUUUUAUAUGAUGUAAUGUAUUUCAUCUUAAUUUAUUAAAGUUUUGUAAAUAUUACUAUAAAUAAAGGUAACUUGUAAGUUUUAUAAAUAAGGUAUGUUAAUAAUAAAAUUAAAAAAUAUAUUUGAAAUAUAUUGUAAUAAGUAAAUAUAUUAAAAUCUAAAUUGUUAUAUUUUAAAAGUUAGAUACAUAGAUUGGAGAUUGUCUAACUAGGUAUUGCCAUUAAGUUAUUACUGUGGAUCUUGAACACAAGACUAAAGAAAUAAAUAUAACUUCUCAUGAAUGAAAAAUGAAUAAAUAUGAGAACCACAUUCAUUUGUAUGAUUCUGUUGGGAGGCUAGAGAGCAGUCACAGCUCUAAAGAGAGCUAUGGCAGUAUGGCAGCAAACUACAAUUCUAAAAGCAACCUGAAAGUAUCCUCCACAAUGUCUCUUAACAAAGGGAGACAGUUUGAUAGUAAUUGGAAAUUUGUUUUAUAUUUUUUCUAACUUUUUCCAUCUAAAAAAACAAUUACAAUUGUGAUGUUUACUAUUAUUAUUAUAACAACAUAUUUUCAAAAGUAUUGGUAGUUUUGAUGGCUAAUAUGAUGUUAUAAUAUAUUACUAAAUCUGACAACGUGCAUGAGUCUCAUUUUCAAGUUUUAUUAAUUUUUAAUUUAUUUAUUUUUAUAAAAUAGUAGCAGUCAAAUUUUAUCCAAUCCAAUGUUGUAAUAGUGGAUCUAAUCUUUUGAGUUUUCAUUUUUACGAAAUAAUCUUGAUAGUUAAUUAGGGUUUAGUUAGAAAUUAAUUUCGGUUCAGAUCUACGUUUAGUUAAAGCUAGGUCUUAAGUACACAUUCAAUUAAUCGAAUCAAAAGGUACAUGUGUGAAGAUAAGUUAACAGAAACACAUGUGUUAGGUAGCAUAAGGAUCACAUUUAUCUAUCAUUGCAUUGUUGGGCAGCAGAAAAUAGUCCCUAGCUACAAUAAGUUUAGAUCUAGCAUCUAAAAUGGAAUACAUAAACCAAGUUGGUGAAUUUAGAAGAAAAAAUAUUUCAAACAUAGUACACAUUAUUAGUAAAUUAAUUAAAUCAGGACUUAAUCACUAUUGGUCCAUCAUGUUCGAAUAAAAUAAACUUUGGAGAACAUGGUACACCUAUAUUUCUCAUACUUAUGACAUCGCUUUAAAUAAUCAUACAUUUAAAAAGUCUAUCAUGAUAUAGUUCGAAUGGAAAAAAGUGGCUCUAUGAAUAAUAUAUAGAAACUCUCACUUCUAGCAAAUCAUUUCACUUCUAAUUUUCCAACACAAUGCAGAUCCAAAAUCUCUGUCUUCUUGCUCUUUUCGUAGCUAUAUUCAGCUACACCACAUCCGCCGCUAGAUUCAACUUCAACCACUUCGAUGGCUCCAACCUAGUCUUCCUAGGAGACGCAGAGCUCGGCUCCACUGCCGAUGGCUCGAGCCUCUCCGGAGCUCUUUCAAUGACACGUGACACCUCCCGUUUCUCCCACGGCCAAGGUAAAUACGCUAGUGAAAUCCCUUUCAAACCCUCGAAUUCUUCUUCUACUACUUACUCUUUCAAAACCUCCUUCACUUUCUCUAUUUCUCCUCGCCGGAAAACAAACCCUGCUCCCGGCCACGGCCUCGCCUUCAUCGUGGUCCCUACCAUUGACAACGACGGCGCCGCCGGAAAAGGCUUCCUCGGUCUGUUAAACCAAACCAAUAACGGAAACCCUAAUAACCAUGUCUUUGCUGUCGAGUUUGACGUUUUCCAAGACAAAGAUCAUGGAGACAUUAAUGAUAACCAUGUUGGUAUUGACAUUAACUCGGUUAAAUCGACGGUUUCGGAGAAAGCCGGUUAUUGGGUCCAGACAAGAACCGGGGAAGGAAAGAAAGUGUUGGAGUUUAAAGAACUGAAACUGAGCAGUGGUGAUAAAUACAAAUCUUGGGUUGAGUAUGAUAACGUCACUAAACUUGUCACCGUUACCAUCGCUCCAGCGUAUCUUAGUAAACCGAAAAAGCCGUUGAUCGAAACCCAGAUCGACCUCUCCAAGGUUUUCCUUGGUAAUAUGUUCACCGGUUUUUCCGGUUCAAUGGGCCGUGAAGUUGAGCGUCACGAUAUAUGGACAUGGAGGUUCGAGAACAACGCCCCCAAAGAAACUAAACCGGUCCAGUCCGGUUAGGACUCUUCUCAUUUUGCUUUUGUUUCUUGUGUUUACCGGUUUUAUCUUUCGAGUUGUAACCUUUUAAUCGAAUUAAUGAAUAAAAAGCCAGAAUUGUGGUUUUCGUCGCAUGUUUCGAAAUAUUUCCAUACAACAUUGGUUUUCUUUCUGGAUCUCUAUAUUACCAUUAUAGAUUAAUUAGUAAAACUUCUCACGUGAAAAGGAAUCUUUCUUUUUUUGCUUUGUAAAAUACAUAUCCGAUCGAUAUCUAAUGCAUUGUAAAAUAUUUUUUUGAAAACUAGUUCAUGUUUCAUAUGAAAAACAAUAUAUUUAUUUUGCUUGAAAUAUUUUCCACAAAAAAUUGCAGUUGAAAAAUUAACUUAUUUACACCAGACAGUACUUAUCAAACCUUUAGCAAAAAAAACGUGGUUACCAAAAUGUCUUAUCAAACCUAGUAAAAGUGGUUACCGCUAAUUGUUGUCUUAUUGAGCUGCCCGUAACACAAUCAUUUGUAUGCGUGAGCCAAUGUGCAAAUGCAUGUUUUGAGCUAGUUUCUCUAUCCAUCUCCAGACUAUGCAUUGAGCAUUGGUCUGGUUCUCAGAGUAAUUCGCAGCGAUGUGAAGCACCCAUUAACCGCCGCAGAACAAAUGCAUGGAUUUGUCAUGAGGCAUAAUAAAACGGAUAAGGGGGCCUUAAGCAAUCACAAUUAACAUGUGGUCGUCGUAAUUAAUUGGUAUUUGGCUUCUGAGGAUGAACGUGAAAAUUUGGAUUGCUUUUAUAAUUUUAUAGAACUCUGCGACGUUCCACAACAAAUAACUUGGUCUAAUUUGCGUGACAAUAGGCGUAAUCGCAAUUCAAAUUACUAAAAAAUUAUUGUCCAGGACAGCCUUUGAUAUAUCGAAUUACAUGAAGGGCGACAUCCCAAUGGCAUUGGCAAGGUUCAUGCAUAAACUAAGAGAGAAUGUAAUACGACGUAGCUCGCUGACUUCGGAUGAGUUAUCAUGAGAUAAAUAAGGCGACCUACUAGCCAAUAUAUUGGUAGUUAUCAUAGAAAAACUUAUGUUUUGGUUCAAUUCCAGUCAAUUGAAUGGUACUCCUAACCUUGUAACCUAUCAUAUCCCUUUUGCAUCCUUAAAAUCAAUUGCACGCAUUGUAGAAAAUAAAAGGGAUCGUAACUCUAAUUAAGAGUACAUGCAAUAAACCGAACUACAAUGAUAUGCCUGAAGAUGAGUUAAUAAAUAAGAAUCACAUCAAUUUUAACACCAGUAGUUCUGCUCUGUUGCACCACAUCCACAUGAUUUGCUUGUCCUGUUUGUACCUCGUUUGUUUCGCCUGUUUGGCCCGAUAUGCACGAUAUGAUAUCCAAUGUCACCAUCUGAAACCAUAGUACAUCAUUAAAGUUAUUUCUAUAUAGCUUGUUUAUCUAUAACUAGUGAGUUCUUUUUGAUAUAAAAAUUCAAGUUGGCACAUGGAUAAAUAAUCAUAAAAAAGUUCCGAAAAAGUUGCAAAAAGAAACGUUUUAAAAAUUGGCUUUACCAGCCGCCGGGUAUUGGGACACACAUGAACACCAAAGAUCAUAAUAUAAACAAGUCUUUAUCCUUUCUUCGAAUUGUUUCGAGUUCUAUAUAUGCAACUAGGGAUGUCAAUUGGACGGACUGGGUGGAUUUGGGCGUGUCCAUAUGGGCUUAUUUUUUUCUGGGCGUUUUUGGUCGAGUCCAAAUAGGACCAUAUCCAAAUAGGACCAUAUCCAAAUAGGACCAUGACCAGGUGGACUGUCCAUGGAAUCCAGAUGUCCAUUUAAUGUAAAACUAGAACUUGAUCCGCGCCCCUGCGCGGGUGCUUGAUUUAAUUUUUGUUUAACAUAAAAUCAUAAACCACUGGUUUGAUAAAAAAAAUUCAUACA